ACCUUAACUUUGAUUGAUAUUGCUUUAAAUUAUUUAACUUAGAAUAGGCACAUAUUAAUAGGUAACGGCAACUUAACUUAACUUAAUAAAACUUUAAAAUUCAAUUUUAAAUUUAAGAAUUAAAUAUUUUAAACUAACUCUAAGUUAGAAUCUUUUAAUUCGGAAACGUGUUAACGACAAUAUGAUAUUAAAUAAACAAAAGUGAACUUAAAAACAAUAUUGUCCAUGAAUUAAGAGCAUACAUAGUUCGCGUGAAACAGCUGAUAAGCAGUUGGCUGAUGAUAACUUGUAGAUAAGCAACAUAUGAUCUGCUAGUAGUGAGUCACUGGAUAGUUAACAUUCCGGCUGAUAGGAAGAUCUUAGUCAGUUAUUGUGUAUCAAGAUUCUUUAACACUUAGAGUGCAAUUAAACAUUAAUUAUUCGGAAAUAACUUACAUUCUUUGAAAACUUUUAUAAGCAGACAUAAUAUAUAUAAUAGCAGUAUUCCGCGGACUUGCAUUCACCUUGCGCAUAGGUAUCGGAUAUCAGAUUGUUACUUUAGUGCGCAUGCUCAUACUUUGACUUCCGGGUUCUAGAAUCUCUGACAUUUUCGCCAUCUUGGACUUAAAGAAAACACACAGAUAAACAAAAUGAUGACCAAUAUGAUGAACGGAACAGAAGAAAAAACCGAAAAGCCCAAGAAAAAGUUCUCAAAGAAAACAUUGAGACAGAGCGAUGGCCUCCUUACACUCCAAACAGGAACUAACCAAUUCGCUACACAAAAGGGCAUGCGCAUGGGGGGUGUGCGUCAUGGCGCAGAUAUUCGCGCGGACGAUCUUGACCCAACCGGAAAUGCUGAGCUUAGCCAAGUGGCGGCCACUAAUAAAUUUGCUACUCAAACCGGUAUGAGUUUUGGUUCUGUGAGACAUGCAGCCGACAUUCGUUCUGACGACAUUGUGCCGGAAGGAAUGACAGAACUAAGUCAAUCAGCGGCAACAAACAAAUAUGCUACUCAAGCCGGUAUGAGUUUUGGUUCUGUGAGGCAUGCAGCUGACAUUCGUGCAGAUGAUGUUUGUAUGGAAGGAAAUGCUAUGAUUAUGUCACAAAUGGGUUCCAACCAGUUUGCCUCCCAGAAAGGAAUGACGGGUUUCGGGUCAGUGCGCCAUGCUAAGGAUAUAUCAUGUGAUGAAAUAUGUUUGGAAAGCAAUGCAACUAUUGGUUCUCAGCUGGGAUCCAAUCAGUUCGCUUCUCAGAAAGGUAUGACCUGUUUCGGAGCAGUGCGCCAUGCCAAAGACAUCAGUUUAGAAGAGCCUUGCUUGGAAGGAAACGCAACUAUAGGUCUCCAGUCAGGUUCAAACCAGUUUGCCAGUCAAAAGGGUAUGCGAGGUAUGGGAGCACUGAGAAUGGUUUCUGAUAUUCGCUGUGAUGACCAAGACGAACAGGGCAAAGGUGUCUUAACACAGGCUAGUGCUACCCAUAUAUAUGCCUCCCAGAAGGGAAUGACAGGAUUUGGGGCUACCCGUCAUGGUGCAGAUGUUAAAUGUGAUGAUCUUGACGACAGGGGUAAGGGUGAACUCUCUCAGCAAGCCGAGACAAACAUAUAUGCCUCCCAGAAGGGAAUGACAGGAUUUGGGGCUACUCGUCACGGGGCAGACUUUAAAUGUGAGGAUCUUGACGACAGGGGUAAGGGUGAACUCUCUCAGCAAGCCGAGACAAACAUAUAUGCAUCACAGAAGGGAAUGACAGCUAUGGGAGCACUAAGACACUGCACUGAUAUUAAGUCCGACGAUGCCACUCUAGAAGGUUUAUCUGUGCUUACACUACAAACAGGGACAAAUAAGUUUGCAUCCCAGAAAGGUAUGACAGCUAUGGGCGCUGUUCGAGGAAUCGCUGACCGUCGUAUAAGACCACUUUGGGAUGAGGGUGAUUCUGAUGAAUACCCAACCGACGAGGAAGAUGAACCUAAGCCAGAGCCUGUAAGAAAACGAUCUUCCUUUAUGACACGACCUGAAACACUGCCCAAAAGUGAACCGGAAGAAAAACCCAUACCGGAAGUGGAAGAAGAAAAACCGGAAGAAGAAAAACCGGAAGAAGAUGGAAAUGAUGAAGAUGCAACUUUUACAUUUAGCACUGAUUAAGAAACAUUUUUGGACUAAAUUAAGGAGCAAUAUGAAGGAAUUAAAAAUAUGAUAAAUAUAUAUCUAAAAACUUGAAGAAAAUAUUUUUGACGAUUUAAGUGAUUACGUUUAAACUUCUGGUUUUCGUCUUUUUAGAAAUAUAUAUACAAAAGCUUGUGACACUAAGGUUACGCUAAAGUUCUUACUAAUAUGCAAUGAGUUUUCGUAAGUAAUGUUUUUAAAGGUACAUUUCUUUUUUCGUUUUCUUGAUUGUUGUUAUAGUUAAUCCCAUUCAAAAUGGGAGAGGCAUUCGGGACAAAUGGUGCAAUUACACAUUUCUUUUUUUAACUAUCAUUUUAUGUAUAUAAUCUUAAAAUCGCAUACUUAAAAUAGUUUCAUUUUUGUAAAAUUUCCAUUACAAUCAUCCGGUCAUUAUCCUCAUCCAGGCAUUCCUGACCGCACCUUUUAUUGGUUUUGAUCCGGAAUGUUGACAGUAUUUAUCCCUUCCCCUGAUAUCCCUAACCCUUCUUCGUAUUGCUUUCCACUUAAGAGGGUACCUUUUACAUGCAACUUGUAAUACAAUUUUUUCAUGUUGUUGUCAUUUUUGUCGUUUGUUGUGAUAAGAGGUCACGUGACUCGAUUUUUUAUUUAUAUUGUCUUUGGAUCCACCGGCUAUUUAUAUUCUGUAUGUCAAUUGUAAAUAAAGUGCACUUUAUUCAUAA